AUGACCAAGCUAUUCAGUGCCCUACGACUCUGGGGCACCAUGAUUGUGAAACACUGCGAGAGCAAAGGCAUCAAGGUCAUCACAUGUCUCCCUGUCUCGAAGAAAAAUGACACAGACGAUCCUCCAAGCUUUACAUCAUUCAGAUUGUGCGUACCAGCGGCGGAAUUCAACAAGGUGAUGUCGCCUUCAAACUGGCCCAGCUCCGUACUAAUCCGUGAAUGGAUUUUCAAUAAAAACGACAAAACUAUUAACAAUAUAAACAACCAAUCGAGCAACAAACAACCAGAUGGUGCUACAAUGAACAAAAACACCGACGACAAUUUUAACCUCAACAUCGAUCCCAAUCAUGGAUGA